GCGUUCAUGACGCAUUCCAACUCUUAUCUGCCUAAUUAAAUGGGCUUGAGUAACAACAUCUCAACUUCAACAAGGGAAAAUAAGAACUAAGUUUCCAAGUUGACUACUAUUAUAGUUAAAGGAACGCUGACGUAUUAUAUACCUUUAAACUUUUGCAACUGAUCUGAAAAUACUGGGCGCAUACUGGGGGAAUUGUCCAAAAGGUCCACUUGGUCAUUGCGAUCAUGGCGCCACAAACGAGAUCCCAUGGCAAUCCAUCCAAGCCAUCAGAGACCAAAUCAUACAGGUCAACUUCUGCAGCCCCCAAGCAACUAUUAUUUCCUGAACGUCAGCGAAAUGUCAAAACAUACGGGAAAACAUAUAGACGUCCUCGCGCUCCCAAAAAGGAAUUGAAACAGGGUACACUAACCCAGAUGGAUUUCAUAUCGCCAUCAAUGCCUAAGGAGUUACUCAAGUCUGAGGAUGAAGAAGAUGUCGAAGAUGAUGAUGAAGAGCCCGAGCCUCCUGCACCUGUAGAGGCAGUUAAAUCCAAAAAGAGGACCCGAGGAUCCCGACGCAGGACUGCGGGAGACGAACUAGUCAAGAAUGAGAACCCAAGAGAUACCAAAAGACGGAAGACUUUAGGAGACGCACCCAGCUCAAACCCGUCGAGUAGCUUCCAUACUCAGACUUUAACUCAAUUCUUGUCAGUCAAGGGUGAAAACAAUAACGAGGACUGGCAAAUCAAUGACUCGGAAGACGACGAUACUGGCUUCAUACUGGAGACUCCCAAGAAAGCAAAAGAGCCUGCCCCUUCCAAGGCCAGCGAGCCACAGUCUGGAAUCAGAUCUUCAGUUCCAAGUCUCGUCGAGUCUGUCACCCCAACCAACCGUCGGACGAAGACGGUCAUCCCAUCUUCUACAUCGCCAACAACACCGAUGAUGAUGCGAUACAGUCCAGCACCGCACAAGUCACCUCUAGUAGUUAAAUCUGCCAACUUGACAGGUCCUUCUCCUAUUCUUAAGAAGAUUAGCAAGACGUCAAGGGAUCGAGUGAUUCCAGACUCGUACAGUACGGUUCAUAGCUCACCAACUGUACGAGCCCAGAACUCUGCCAUUAAGGCCACACCGGUCAAAAAGACUCGUUUCGAACUUCCCGAGGAUAAAGAAAACAUCACUCCAGGAAGGACUAAACCAAAGAGUCCUAAGCCGCUGAGGAAGACACCGGCCCGGCCACCCCUACGGGAAGUACCUGAUUCCGAUGAUGAUAUCGAUGGAACGGGAGACGUCGAAGAUGAAGAGGCCAGUACAGAAGAUGAGAACGCGCCAGCAGAACGAAAGGGAGAUGGGAUCCCGUCAGCAGAUGAUGCCGAAGAAGCAGAAACCUGCUACGGCGUUAUCGGAGACGAAACACAGGCCGAGCUUCUUUCUUCAGCAGAGGAAAUUAAUCGCCAACUUGAGGAGAGUGAUUCCGCAGAGUCAAGUCGCUCACGAUCGGCUACUCCCACGCCAAACCCAAAGAAAAUACGUGUACUUCCUAAAACACAGGUUGUAAACAAAUCCACACCUUCUCCGGUUUCUGUAGCAGAGAAAUCACCGACGUCGUAUCUACAGAAAAGACAGUCAGACGAAAGUCCAUCGAAGGCACAAACUCAGAUGUUUACUCAGGGACUCGAGAGCCAACGGCUCCCCUUGGAAGUCGUUCAUGCUCUUGGCCCCCAGACUGACAACUCUGAUAUUAUGGUGUCUCUUCACCCUGAACCCUUGGCAAAGAUAAUCAACGGUACGAAGAAUCACGAAUUCAGGGUCUGGAAAAUACCGCCUACCGUAACCCGCGUCUGGAUUUAUUCGACCAGGCCGUUCUCCGAGCUGAAGUACAUGUGCACUCUCGGCCCUCCUAAAGUACCCGGAGAAAUCGAGGACAACAAAGGGGUUGGAAAUGUCGAGUUCAACCAAGGGAAAGCCGUCGCCAAGUAUGCAUACGAGAUACUCCAGGUCUAUGAACUCAACGACCCGGUUCCCCUCGACGAGAUGAAGAAAAAGGGCUGGGUAAAUGCUGCCCCGCAGAAAUAUGUAUGGGUUCCUCCUGCAGUUAUUGGAGAACUUACAGCGAAUUUGAAAUGUGCCCUGUUUGGUGAAGAUGAGAAAGACCAAGAAGCAGCAGCUGCGUUGGUGCCAAGUAGUCCGAAUUUUACUGAAUCACAAGAACUCAAGGCCCAACUACAGGAUGAUGCUGAAUUCUCAACCCAGCAUCAUUCUAACAACGUGGACGAAGUGAUUCUUUCGAGCCAGUCUACGCGUAGAUCUAGUGGUAGAGGCAAGAGAGCCCAUCCAGAAAGCAACGAGGGUUUUACAAAGCCCGCACCACCUAGAUUACAGUCAGGUUCUUCAAUUCAGUCACCGCCAGCACCCCCGAGCCAGAGAACACGCAGUGCCGUUAGACCUUCGCAGGCUACCACAGUCUCAAGUCCAGCGCUAUCUCCUGAGAGAUUACCCCCUCAAGUAAUAUCCAUCACCAGCGACUCGCCCGCCGCCAACCUGCACAGCAGCAGCCCGACGGCGUUCCGGAGUGCGCGAGAUCACUCUCUACGGUCCUCGCAGUUCCAAACGCGGAGUCAGAUGUUGCCGGAUAGUCUGGUAAACGACGAGAUUCAGGAGCCGCCGCCCAUUGUAUAUGAUUCUGCAGAUGAGCAGUCGGAUUGAUGAAUGAUGAUGAAAACUACAUUGACGUAUGGCGUGUUUGUAAGAUAUUGGAUUGGCGUCGUUGCAUGGAUAGGUCAUGUUAUUUGGCUUGGCAGGAAAGGAAGGUUGCUAGGUAUAGCUUGGAGUUCUAGUACGAUAGGGUAUGAUGCUCAGGUCUGUAAGAGUGUUAGGGAUCAGUCACGUAGUGAUAUAGCGUUAUAUAAUAAUACGAGUAUUUCUUAUAUGGCA